AUGGGUGUUACAACUUUGAAUGAGGAAUCUACUUCCCCAAUCGCCCCUAAAAGAAUCUUCAAAGCCUCCAUUGUAGACUCCCACAAUUUAAUCCCAAAACUCAUGCCACAAGUCAUUAAGAGCAUUGAAAUCACCCAGGGUAAUGGUGGAGCAGGAAGCAUUAAGCAAAUUAACUUUGCUGAAGGCAGCCAUUUUAAAUCUUUGACGUACCAGAUUGAUGAGCUCAACCAAGAAACUUACACCUACAACUACACAUUGAUUGAAGGCGGUGCAUUGACAGAAAACCUUGAGAAAAUCACUUAUGAGGUCAAGUUUGAGCCAACUCCAGAAGGUGGUUCUGUCUCCAAGGUGACUAGCAAGUACUACACCAAAGGAGAUUUCUCACUCAAAGAAGAAGAUAUCAAAGCAGGCAAAGAAAAAGUUGUGGGAAUGUACAAGGUUGUGGAGGCCUAUCUCAUCGAAAAUCCUGAUGCCUAUGCCUAAUCAUCUUUCAAGAUUUGCUGAUUUAUCUCUCAAUUUCCCUAUUGGGGUUCUUUUC